GCCAAAAUGGCGGAUCAGCAGCCAAGCGCUCACUCAUCGUCUCAGGGACCGCUGAUGACGCACUUACUAGAAUGCCUCAGGUCACGAGUAAGUGCCGUUUUAGAUGGCCAUCAGCUGGACUUGGACUAUUUUCAGUAUGUUAUCAAUCAAGAAGUGUUUAUUUUGUCGUCAGCCUCCACUAUCUUUGAUGUGCCAAAUUAUAUUUUGGAGACCCUCAUGGAUCUACAACAAAAAAAAUCAUGCAGCUCUUUCCCAAGAGGUGGGCCCAGUUCUUAAGAGGGAAUGUGGUGGUGGACGAGGUCAACCGAAGUUUUUUGUUUCCGAGGAAAUGCUGUCCCGGCUCAUUGAGAUGUCUUUACCAGUUUCUUGUAUUGCGAACAUUUUAGGAGUAAGCCAUUCAACAAUCUUCCGCCGAAUGCGUGACUUGGGUUUAUCUGUAAAAACUACGUAUAGCACCAUAUCUGACAAUGAAUUGGAUAAUGCCAUUUCGGCCAUCAAAAGAAGACUACCAAAUGCUGGAUAUAGGAUGAUAAAAGGCUGCCUGCAAGCAGACGGACAUAGAGUUCAAUGGAACCGCAUAAAAGAAUCCAUGCACAGAGUGGAUGCCCCUGGAAUUUUGGAAAGGAUGACACAGCUGGGGUGUAUUGUCAGGAGGUCAUAUUUUGUUAAAAGUCCAUUGUCCUUAGUCCACAUUGACACGAAUCACAAGCUUAUAAGGUACAACAUCAUCAUAUUCGGUGGGAUAGAUGGGUUCUCACGAAAAAUCAUGUACUUGGAACCAGCAACAAACAACCGUUCAAGCACCGCCUUAUCAUUCUUUCUCCAGUCUGUGCAAAAUCAUGGCUGGCCUUCAAAAGUCCGGGGUGAUGAAGGUGUGGAAAAUGUGGCAAUUGCAGAAACCAUGUUUCGUGUGAAAGGGACCGGAAGAGGAAGCUACAUUGCCGGGAAAAGCAUACAUAAUCAGAGAAUUGAACGCCUGUGGCGAGACGUCUGGCUCAGCGUAACUCAGCUGUAUUACGAAAUACUUCACAGCCUUGAGGAAGAUGGCUUGUUGGACUUGUCAGAUUCCCUUCAUCUGUUUUGUGCACAUUAUGUGUUCCUCCCACGUCUGAAGCAUGACCUCCACACAUUUUCUGAAGGCUGGGACAAUCAUCCGUUACAGUCUGAAAAUGUGCUCACCCCUAACCAGCUGUGGAUAACUCAUCUGGUGACGAUGAAGAGAAUUCUCAGGUUUGUUUUUUUCUUGAUUUUUUAUGCCUUUAGUCAUACUGUCAAAUUGUGCUUUUGCAUGAUGCAGGAAGUAAUUUGUUUUCAUUUAAGAAUUUGGAACUGUUUGGAACAGACUGGGAGACGUUUGAUAGUGUGACAGAUGAUGAUGUUGGAGUUCAUGUUCCAGAAAUUGAGUGCCCACUCGCUCCUGCUCUGAUGGAAACCGUAAAAUCCAUCUUUAAUCCUCUUGCAACAUCUGACUGUUACGGCAGAGAUAUUUAUAUAUCUUUGGUUCAAUAUUUUCAACGUCUUUAAAAUACACGAACACCUGUGUGAGACAAUUGUAAACCAUUUAUUUUACAAAUUGUAUACAUAUUUUGAAAAACACAAAGCAGCACAAUGAAUGAAUUGUAUGAAAAGUAAUUUGUAAAUAAAUUCAGAACAGUUAAUGAUUUUGUAUUGCUUCUUUAACAUGAAAAUUCUUUGAACAAAUAUAGUCAAAGAUACAGUUUUACUUGUGCAAAUAAACAGUGACUCAAAGAGAAGCUGAAAGUUGCUGUUUCAACAUGCUUUCCCCAUCAAAUACAUUUAAACAUUAUCAAAUGACUCCCCAUAUUUCAUAGCUAUUCCCAUUAUGUUUUUAAUUCUAAACAAUCCUACA